AUAGUAGAGAAAUAUAGCAGAUCAAAAAUAAUAACAUAUUAUCAUCAAGAUUUUGAUUUUGAUUUUGAUAUUAAUAUUCUUUUUUCCUUUCUCCAAUUUGUAGGAUUUUUAUAUUACAUAGCAUCAUUUUGGUUGUGUAAAAUUCUGGUCUCUUCCAAUGAGAAGCCAACUAUGGUUUCAGAUUUUGUUGAUAAUUGGCUUUUACGUGAUCUUUUUUGGGGUCACUUCCAAACUAGUUUCUGGCCAUUGUCAAAACGAGCAGCAAUCGGUUUUGAUCCGGUUGAAGAAAGAAUUAGAUUUCGAUUCUUUGUUAUCAUCAAAAUUAGUGUCUUGGGACCCAAAUGCAGCAGAUUGCUGCACCUGGAUAGGUGUUACUUGCAGUGCUGGGGGUGUUGUCAUCGGUCUAGAUUUAAGCAACGAGACGAUAUCUGAUGGUAUUGAUAAUUCUAGUGCUCUCUUCCGUUUAGAGAAUCUUGAGACGCUGAAUCUGGCUGAAAAUAACUUCAAUUCCACACCGAUUCCUUCAGGGUUUGGCAGUUUGACUAGUUUGAGGAAUUUGAACUUGUCCAAUUCUGGUUUUUCAGGGCAGAUUCCUGGUGAAUUGUCUCAUCUGACAAAGCUUCAAGUUCUUGAUCUGUCUUCUCUGUUCUCCUUUCGCUCACUGAAACUUGAGAGCCCCAAUCUAGCCACGCUUAUCAAAAACCUCACACAGCUUAAAGUUCUUCAUCUGGAUAGUGUGAACAUAUCGGCACAAAAAUCAGAUUGGUGCCAGGCUUUAUCCUCUUCUUUGCUUGAUUUGGAGGUUUUGAGUUUGUCAACUUGUCAACUUUCAGGCCCUUUAGAUGACUCCCUUGGGAACCUACAGUCACUUUCUGUAAUUCGUCUGGCUCAGAACAAUCUUAGCACUCCAAUUCCAGAUUUCUUUGGAAAUUUCAGAAAUCUGACUAUUCUGCAUCUUGGUGCUUGUAAUUUGCGUGGAACGUUUCCCUCAAAGGUCCUGGAAUUGCAGAAAUUACAGAGUCUGGAUCUUUCAAGCAAUAUGAAUCUUCAUGGUUCCUUAUCAGAUUUUCCUGUGAAUGGAUCUCUUCAAAGUUUAGUGCUCAGCAACACAAACCUUUCAGGAGCAAUACCAGAAUCUAUCGGGUAUCUUAAGAGCUUAUCCCGGAUUGAGCUUCCAAAUAACAAUUUCAGUGGAAGAAUUCCCAAGUCAAUGGAAAACCUCACCCAAUUGACUUACCUUGACUUGUCCUCAAACAAGUUAACUGGCCAAAUCCCAUCCUUUCAGCUGUGCAAAAAUCUUACCCACAUUGACCUCUCAAGGAACAGUUUAUUGGGUAUCAUCCCUUCUGCUCAUUUCCAGGAUCUUCAAAAUCUUGUGUUAAUUAAUCUAAGGUUCAAUACCUUCAACGGAAGCAUACCUUCAUCUCUGUUCAAUCUGCAGCAAUUGCAAAAGAUACAGCUUUCCAACAACAAUUUUGAUGGCGUACUUACUGAUUUUUUAAAUGCAUCUGCAUCUUUAUUGGACACUCUUGAUUUAAGCAGUAACAAGUUGAAAGGACAAAUUCCCAAGUCUUUCUUUCAACUUGGAAGGCUUAAUAUCCUCUUGCUAUCUUCAAACAACCUCAAUGGCAUGAUUUAUACAAAAGAUUUCCAGGGCCUAAGCAACCUAACAACCCUUGAUCUUUCCUUCAACAACUUGUCAGUUAUCAACAGCCCAAUCCCUUUGCCUUAUCUUCCAAAGUUUUUCUCAUUAAAGUUGGCUUCAUGCAAUCUUCAGCAUUUCCCUAAACUACACAACCAAUCAAGAUUGAUAACUCUAGACCUUUCAGACAACAAAAUUGAUGGAGAAAUACCAAACUGGAUCUGGCAAGUUGGCACCAGUUAUGGAGGCCUUUCGUAUCUGAACCUUUCUCGUAACCAGUUAAAUAGCAUCCAAGAGCCCUAUUUUGUGCCCGAUCUUGCUGUCCUCGACCUGCAUUCCAAUCGCCUCCAUGGGGCGAUUCCAAUUCCACCACAAAUUGCAACCUUCAUUGAUUACUCCAACAAUCGUUUCAAUUCCUCACUCCCUGAAACCAUUGGUGUAAACCUCACUAUUGCCUCUUUCUUUUCGGUUUCUAACAAUUCACUCUCUGGGGAGAUUCCCGAAUCCAUCUGCAACGCUACAUACCUCAAGGUUCUGGAUUUGUCAAACAACAAUUUAACUGGAAGUAUACCACCGUGUUUGAUCGAAUCUGGUGGUGGCAGUAUUGGGGUACUCAACUUGGGAAGCAAUAGUCUCAGUGGAAGAAUCGAGGGAAUAUUCCCAAGCACAUGUGGCCUAAACACUUUAGACCUUCAUGGAAACCAUUUGGAAGGGGAGAUCCCACGUUCUCUUGCCAACUGCACAAUGCUAGAAGUCUUAAACCUUGGCAACAACAGGAUGAUCGACACUUAUCCUUGCUCUUUGAGUAACAAUAUUACAAGUUUGCGUGUCCUUGUUCUCCGAAACAACAGGUUUCAUGGGUCCAUACAUUGUGGUGAAGAUCAACAGAACAAGUGGUCAAAGAUUCAGAUUCUGGACAUAGCUCACAAUAACUUUAAUGGUACUGUCCCACCAGAUUAUUUCUGGAAAUGGGAUGCUAUGAAUAUGAUGACUCGCAAUCACAAUGAUGGAGAAUCGGUAGGUAAGAAGCACAUCAGUUUCAAGGUGAUGCCACUUGAUAACUUGUACUAUCAGGAUACUGUGGCAGUCACUGUCAAAGGACGUGAGUUGGAGCUUGUGAAAAUCUUGACAAUCUUCACAUCCAUCGACAUCUCCAGCAAUCGAUUUUCAGGAGAAAUACCGGACACAAUUGGGAAACUCAAUGCUCUGUAUAUGCUCAACAUAUCACAUAAUGACUUCACAGGUCCUAUCCCCUCAUCUUUCGGGAGUUUGAGGCAGCUUGAAUCAUUGGACAUGUCAUCCAACAAACUAACUGGAGAGAUCCCAUUAGUGCUCACUGAUCUUCCAUUCCUUUCCGCCUUUGAUCUGUCACACAAUAAAUUGGAAGGAAGAAUCCCAACAGGCUCCCAGUUUCAGACUUUUGAUGAGGAUUCCUAUGGAGGAAACAAGGGAUUAUGUGGGUUUCCUCUGAAUAAAAGUUGUAAGACUUCAGUUGCAGUAUCAUUACCACCAAAAUCCCGAGAAUCAAAUGAUGGGUAUGAUUGGCAGUCCCUAUUCUAUGGAAUGGCAGCCGGGUCUGGAUCAUUAGCUGUUUUAGCGAUCCUGUAUUCCCUUUUCAAGAGACCUACAACCAGACAAUGACACUUGUCUCAAGUCUCCCUUCUCAAAAUUAGCACUUCUGCUCACACGAGCCAAAUCGUUCCUACCCUAAAAUCAGUCAACAAUGGCUUCCAAAAAUCCCGCUCAAAUCACCGCCUCCACUCAUCUCACAAUCAAACUUACGCCAAACAAUUACCCGGUGUGGAGAAAACAGGUUGAAUCAACCUUAAUCAGCCUUGACCUAGAUGGUCACCUCACCUCAGCACCACCGGCGACCACCCUCACAGACAGCGACGGAAAAAUCAUCUCAAAUCCAGAGUAUCGGCCAUGGUACUGCAAGGAUCAGAUGAUCUUCAGUGCAAUUUUAGGGAGUUGCUCAGAUUCAAUCCAACCCCUGGUGUCAUCUGCUACAACAGCCCGUGAGGCUUGGAAUAGACUCAGUUCCAGUUACGCCUCUACUUCCAGGUCACGCAUCAUCUCCCUUAAAUCUAAGCUUGUGAAAAACCCUAAAGGAUCCCGAUCGAUCACAGAAUUUCUCCAGGAUAUGCGUGCUAUCGCUGAUUCCCUGGCCCUUGCCCAGAGCCCCAUCACCGAAGAGGACCUCAUGGUCCAUAUUCUCUCACAGCUUGGCGACGAAUAUCACACCAUUGCUGCUGCUCUCAAGGUACGAGAAACUCCAAUUGAAUACUCAGAAUUGUUUGACAAACUUACUGACUUUGAGAGUACCCUCAAAGAAGCCCAUCCUCCCUCCGAUAUCCUGCCUACCACGGUCAAUUACACUACCCGCAAUCAAGGAUUCCACAAUCGGUCAUCCAAUACCAACUCUUCCAAUCGCCACACUCGAUCUUCACCGCCCUUUCAGUCUCGUGGCUCUCAACAGUCUCAAUGGCAUAACAACACCAAUCCUGGUGGUAACCGAAACACCAAAAGCAACCAGUUUUGUCAAUUCUGUCACAUCCCAGGUCACCUCACCAAGGAUUGUCGGAAACUAGCACGCUUCCUCCGCGACAACAACAUCACAACUGACAGCCACAGCCAUCCACAGCCCACUGCCAAUGUCACCACAUCUUCCCCAGCCUCUCCAAAAUGGAUUUUUGAUACAGGGGCAUCCAAUCAUGUUGCAUCAGAUCCUACAUCCCUUCAUCACGUAUCGGAAUACGGAGGACCCGAUGAGAUAGUACUUGGUGAUGGAUCUGGACACGGGGGCGCGACUCCUGAGAGGAGAGAGAACUGAUGGCGUUUACCUCACUCGGUUCCCCAAAACACGUUCCAUUCAUGUCACCUCCAAGACCUCACCACUUCUUCUUCAUCACAAACUUGGUCAUCCUUCGCGUCAAGUCUUCAAGCAAUUAGCCUCUAAGUUAGGUUUUAGAUUUCAGUCUGAGUCUAAUGUUCAUUGUUCAUCUUGUUCAAUUAAUAAAAGCCAUAAAUUGCCAUUUGGUCAAAAUUCAUUUGUUGCUACAAAACCACUUCAACUCAUUUAUUCGGAUGUAUGGGGACCGGUACAAAAGUCUGUUGAUAAAUUCUCUUAUUAUGUCA